AUGAUUCUGAGCAGCCUGGGCCCCGGCGCUUCGGCGCAAGAGAUCCAGGACGAUAUAACCUUCAUGCAGAUCCUCAUCGACACGCUCGACCCUCACUCGGAAAGCUUCGAGCAAGACAGGGCCGACAGAGAGCAAACCAUCACGUAUCUGCAGGCACUCCUCGGGGCCCCUCAAGGAAGCACAGCUGGCCCUUCAUCUGCAAACGACAGCUACCAGUCUGUCCAGACUGCGCCCUUCCAGUCUCAUGGCGCCUACCAACACCCUGGCGAAUCUUCCAACUUCUUCACUUCAAGCGCCCGCAAGCGCCCGAGGGCUUUUGACGAUGCCUUGGCUGCCGAUCAUGCGAACAAGUCGAGUCGAACCACACCUAGUCCUGCUGCCACCACCCCGGGUACCUCCAGCUCGAACGACUCAUAUCCGGAGCUUUACGAGGCCUGGCCCUCGCAGGCUCAGUCUCAAGCUGGUGGGGUGAGGUACGCACACAGCUCACUCAACCAAAUGCUGGAACCGCCGAGACAAAGUGAGGUUCAACAGGAUCUGGGGUCACAGCAGGCUUCCUACGGCGCUGGGAACCUCUAUGCGUGGGACUGGCCCGCGCAGGACCAGAUGCAGUCCCAGCCACCUCAACAAUCGGCGUCGGCCAAUUUUCACCAGACUCUACCUACCCUCCAAAGCAGCACGCCUUCUGCAUCUUCGAACAGCCCAUUUCAAGUGCCUUUGCGCGUUUCACACCAUAAUGGUGCGCCAUCGCCAUUUCAGCGUUCUGUCUCCUCUCAGUCUAUGAACGCUCAGGUCCCCAGACAAACACCUCAACGAUUUCCUUCUGUGAAUGGGGUCGCAUUGCCACACUCUGUGCCCUCUCAAUCCAUCAAAUCCGAAUACCCUAGAAACAGUCCUUUGCGAACGCCCAUUUCAAGACCAAGACCACUACAUCGCUUGCCAUCGUCAAAUUCGACCGAGGCUGGGUUCGGUCGCUCUCAAAACACUAGCGAAGGGAUUGAGAUCAUUGAUCUUUGCGACUCUGAUUCCGAUCCAGACAUCCAGGAGAUGGCGGCAUACCCAAGCCGCAAUCACCUUACAACCCCGAUGUUCACACCGAGACACAAUCAACAUGCCAGUCGCUUCACUCCUUCGCGGCAGGCAUAUGGCACAGGAGCCUCUCGGAUGAUGGGUGGACAGUCCAUCUACAACUCCUUGCAGGGCACCGUAGACAACCCGCUGUCGAUUGACGAGUACGAGGACUUUUUUCAGAUUGUUGAGAAUCCUGCGGCACAUGGAGACCGUCAGCGGGGCGGUCCUUCGACUGCUGCUAUUUUCCAAGGUGGCAUUAUGGGUCCCAAUCCGUUCACUAACUCGAUAGGUGGCGAUGUAAUGGGCCAAAUGCCCGUCUUUUACCCUAAUCAUGCGAUCCCCGACACCAUGCUCGAUCGUCAACGGGAGUGGCUCGACCGCUACGGUGGAUAUGGGCAAUACAGCCAGCGAGCGACCGGCGAGGCUGUGAAACAACUGCUAGGCAAUAUUCGCCCGGAUGAGGAUGUCCCCCCUGAGCGUCGUCUUGCGACUCCCGAAGGCAUGGCUGUCCAACUGAUGGAACACCAAAAACUGGGAGUCGCCUGGAUGAAGAAAAUGGAGGAAGGAUCUAACAAGGGCAGUGUCCUUGCUGAUGAGAUGGGCCUCGGCAAGACUGUCCAGGCUUUGUCCUUGAUUGUUUCAAGGCCUGCCGAAGAUCCUAUGAGGAAGACAACCCUUGUCAUCGCACCCGUUGCUUUGAUGCGGCAGUGGGAACGGGAAAUCAAGACGAAGGUCAAGGGUGGCAGUCAUGCUUUGUCUGUCAUGACAUACCAUGGAUCGAAGAAGAAGUCCUUUAGAGAUCUUCGGGCGUUUGACAUUAUCCUUACGUCUUACGGAACGGUGGCGUCGGAGUUUACCAAGAAGGAAAAGAUCAGGGAAUUCGAGGCUCGCGAUGCUGAUGAACUUGAGGGGGCUCCACCAAGGCCGAAGAAUACGGACUACCCGCUGCUGGGAGCAGAUUCACUAUGGUACAGAAUCAUCCUCGACGAAGCUCACAACAUUAGGAACAAGGAAACGAAGACUUCAAAGGCUUGUUGCGAGUUGAAGGCUAUUCAUCGACUGUGCAUGACUGGCACGCCGAUGAUGAACAGGACCGACGAACUGUACGGGCUUGUCAGGUUCCUUCGGAUUCAACCCUACUGCGAAUGGGGCAACUUCAGGGCUGAUAUCAAAACUUCACUUGAGAAGGGAAGCAAGUCGAUAAGAGAGGAUGGCAUGCGCAAGCUCCAGGCUUUGCUGAAGGCCAUUCUUCUUCGUCGCACCCAAGAGUCCAAGAUAGACGGUAAAGUCAUUUUCGAGCUGCCCCCGAAGACCAUCACUAUGGAACACGUUGUCUUCGACGAGGAUCAAGACGAGUUUUACAGGGCACUCGAAAGCAAGACACAGCUCAAGUUCAACAAGUAUCUCAAAGCAGGUACUGUUGGCAAGUCGUACUCGCACAUUUUGGUCUUGCUGCUUCGUCUCCGCCAGGCAUGCUGUCAUCCUCACCUUCUUAAGGACUUCGCCGAGCCGGCAGCAGGUCUCACCGAUGAGGAGCUACUCGACUUUGCCAUGCAGCUAGGUGAGGAUGUUGUUGCACGUAUAAAGGCGGAGGAGGGCGCGUUCAGCUGCCCGAUUUGCCUCGAUGGCGUUGAAAACCCAGCCAUUUUCCUCCCUUGCGGCCACAACGCCUGCAGUGAGUGCUUUGCACGGAUCACUUCCGAUUCUUCGCGGGGCGAGGAAGGUUAUAAGUGUCCCAACUGCCGUGGGAAGCUAGACCCUAAGAGGAUCACCGAUUACAACUCCUUCAAGAAGGUUCACAUGCCAGACGCCCCCGAAGACGAAGAUGGACCGUUCGCCAAGGAGGAAGCGUACGCCAGCAGCGAUUCAGAGAGUGAUGCGGAUGAAGAGGAUGAUCUCGAUGGAUUUAUUGUGCCAGACGAUGAAGUCGAGGGUUCUGGCUCGGAUCCCUCGAAGCAGAAGCCCAAGAAGUCGAAGGGAAAGGAAAGAAGAGCGGACCGGCCGCCCAAGCAGAAAAAGACACUUGCACAGCUUCGCAGGGAGGCUCACAGGAACAUUGCUGCCAAACGUCGCUACUUCAACCGGCUGUGCAAGGACUGGGUCACCAGCGCUAAGGUGGACCGCACAAUGGGACUGCUGCGCAGCAUCCAGACCAACGACCCCACUGAGAAGACGCUCGUCUUCUCUCAGUUCACCAGCCUGCUUGAUAUUGUCGAAGUGCCUUUGGCUCGAGAGGAGAUUGAGUACUGCCGUCUUGAUGGGAGCAUGUCUGUCGACCUGCGUAACGACUCCGUGAACAGGUUCAUCGAUUCGCCUUCCUGCAACGUCAUGCUCGUUUCACUCAAGGCUGGCAAUGCUGGUCUGAACCUUAAUGCUGCCUCGCAAGUCAUCAUCCUGGAUCCCUUCUGGAAUCCUUACGUUGAGUAUCAGGCCAUUGGCCGUGCUCACCGCCUCGGGCAGACACGGCCUGUCACGGUGAGCCGCAUUUUGGUGAAAAAGAUGGGAUCUGAAGACCAGCACCAUACGGUCGAAGAUCGCAUCAUGGCUCUCCAGCAGAAGAAGGAGCACCUGAUCACACAGGCUUUGGAUGAGGAAGCCGGGAAGUCCCUCUCGAAGCUGACUAUCCAGGAUUUGGCCUUCCUUUUCGGAGUGCGUGCCCCAGCGGGUUAG